AUGGUGAAGCCCCAGGCAUUCGUCCUCGUGGCUCUGCCGCUCGCAACUGCCUCUCAUUGGCCUUAUAAUCGUGCUCGUAUUCUCAAAUCAACGCGGGAGCGAGGUCUCGUGCCAGAGCCAGAGCCUGAAGACCUCUUCCUCACCUGGUUUCGUUCUGCAGUUGCAGCAAACGAGACGCUACAGGGCCCGUUUCGUGGUAAUGCCAUUCCCGAGUAUGUGCAGUCUGUUGAGGAGCUCUGGGAGCACGUUGAAUUUCCUGAGGCUCCAGCUGAUGUCCCUCAGGAAGCACUGAGCACAUCUCAUGUGGUUCCUUCGCAACAGGAUGCGUUUCAGCUCUUUUCCAAGAUUGGUUACCCUGUUGACCCCAUCUGCAUUAGCGACAAGGCCAAAUGGUAUUAUCGUACCGUAGAUGGAUCUUGCAACUGGAUGGAAGCUGGGCAUUCCGAUUACGGCCAAAUUGGACGCAAACGAGACCGGGAUUAUGGCCAUUACACUUACCGCGAUGGUAUCAGCGAGCCGCGAGAAGGCCCCAAUCCACGGGCUGUCAGCAAUGCAUUUUUUCAACGCAAGAAAAAGAUAUACUACGAGCACACCCCCGUCUUACUCGGACUUAUUGAGUUCAUCAUGCAUGAUGUAACAUACAGUGAGGACUCGUCGACAGAAUUCAUCGACGUUUCAGUCCCUGAAGACGAAAAGAUUUUCCCACUCAAUACAACCUUCCGCGUCUGGCGUACGGAGUUUGUUCCUGGUACGGGGUCGUCGCACAAAAACUCGCGCGAGAAUGCAAACCAGGCGACGACAUGGCUCGACGUUAGUGCUCUCUACGGUAGUACCAUUGAAGUAUCGCGCGCUCUACGCUCCUUCGAUAAGGGCAAGCUGCGCACCUCCCCCGGGAACUACUUACCGUUCAAUUCCGAUGGUCUUUCGAUGCGUACACGACCUGGUGUAGAUGUCAGGAGUCUGUUCGCUGGAGGAGACCCACGAACCAAUGAGGAUUGGAUCAUGCUCGCAAUCCAUACUCUACUCCUGAGAGACCACAAUAGGAUGUGUGACUUGCUCGCGGUACGGCAUCCAGAGUACGACGAUGAGCGCAUAUACCAGACGAUUCGACUUGCUAUGGCGGCAAAGUUCGCCUUAAUAGCGAAUUCCUACCAGAUGGCGUACUGGCAAACUUCUGGGAACGAUUCGAUGCCCUGGCCGCGCGAUGAUGGAUUCCCCCUCUAUCGCCAGAUGUAUGGCACUGACGCUUUGCACAUCAAUCCGGUGCACAACUAUCCGUGGCCAUUAGUGACAAAAGGUGGUAAACCGAUGGUCGCAUCAGCGGAAAUGGCGAUCGUGUAUCGCUUCCAUGAGUUCAUCAUUCCCUCCUUCCCGCUCAAAGACGCGAAGAACAGGACGAUACGCGAGAAGGAUUUGUUUGAAAGUGCGUUCGACGCCAAGGGUUUCGUGGAAGCUGGGCUUGAGAACGUGUUGCGCGGUAUCGUGGCGACAAAUAUACCCAAUUUCAAGUCCGGAGUUGACGAAUCGUUUAGAUCUGCAGGGCAGUAUAGAGGCAAGCCGUUUGAUAUCGUUACAUGGAGUAUCGUGCACGAGCGAGAACAAGGAUUGCCCACUUUCAAUCAAUAUUUUCGCGCAUAUAAUAGUCACAAGCCUGCAGUUGAGGUUCCCAUCCGACAGCGUUUUGAAGACUUCUCCACUGAUUCUGAGGCUGUCGCGAAUCUCAAGCGACUGUAUAAGCGUCCAGACGACGUUGACCUUGUCGUUGGAUGCCAACUCGAAGAGAAAAUGUUCCCAGGGACUACUGUGCCCAGCUCAGCCCUCAUCAUCAGUCUCUUCAGUCUCUUUGGUCUGGGAAAUUCCGAUCGCUUCUCUGUCGGAUAUGCCAUCAUGCGCUGUCUCCUCGUCGACGCUCCCUGGGACUGUACGCCGAGCAACGCACUCGAGGAGCUGCUCUGGGAACCACGCCCUAUUCAAGGCUUCCCGCGAGCGCGCUGGUUCGACACAUUUUGGCUGAAGGAGCUCGACUUCCAGGCUCAUGGGACAAAUCUUUUAUGGAGGCUGAUCACCGAGAACUCGGAUGUGAAGUGUCUGCAGAAGAAUCCCCUUUUCCCAUACGACCCUGAGACGAACCCGGUAUUAUGCGCACUCGAGAAGACGAAGACGGACUGGAAAGAGAUGCUCUUGAUGGCUGCUGAGGUUCUGAAGUUUUUGCAAGAGCAUAACAGGGUUCUAGUGACUGCGUCGAUGGCUCUUCCUGUUAUGCUUGUCGUGUGGGUGUUGCGUCGUGAGAUCCGUCCCAGGGAGCCGCCAUUAAUCUGGAAGUGGCCAAUCCUGGGUGUGGCCUUGCAGUUCAAAGCCGACCCCACGGUGUUGAUCAGCGAAGGCAUGAAGAGGUGGAACGGCAAGGUUUUUGGACUGGAAUUAGCUAAUACCAGACAGUUCAUCCUCACCAAGCCCGAAGAUGUGCAGGCUAUCGUUGACGAUGGGCCAUAUGAGGUCAAAUUCUCGUUACAUGACUUCCUUGCUAGCGUUGACAUUCCUCUCAUUACCGGCGACGCAAACUUCGCGACUGACCUCCAUACGAAGAUCAUUCGAGCCCAUCUUCACGAUGAAGCGACGCUUGCUGGGUUUGCAAAGACAGUCGAAGACGCGGCGCAUUCCUUCUUCGCAGCACAUCCGCUCGUGGCGCGUGACCGGACCUCAGAACAUUAUGCAAAUCUGAAUGAUUAUCUCUACCAGUACAUCGUGUAUGUGGUGUCCCGCUGCGUAGUGGGUCCCGAAGGCUUCGACAAUCCCGAGCUAUUAGAGGUAUUCCUGAAGUUCAAUGACGAUUCUGUCAAUGCCAUGGGUUUGGCUACGCUCCUACCCUCGUUUUUGCGCUUCAUUGCUCGCCGACCCAUCGUAGCAGACUGGAAAAGAAUACGACCGAUUCUUAUGCCUAUAAUUGCAAAGCAACGCCGUGCUGGCAAGAGCAAAGACAUCAAUUUGCUGAACUUUGUGCUCCUCGAAGUUGAGGAUGACAAGAAGGCGUCGGACAUGCUUAGUCUGCUCGCGUGGAUGGGACUUACGAACUUACAGGCGUCGCUGACGAGUACAUUCUUCGACAUCGUUAACCGACCUGGGUUCCAGUAUCGGAUCCUUGCCUCGCUUGGGGGCGCAUCGUUGAAGAGUCUCUCAAUGGCCAGGACGGAGCAAUGGAAAUACCUACGUAGCGCAACGCUUGAGUCUAUCCGGCUCUCUGGACCCGCGACGGGACCCGCGCGCACAGUAUUGCAGGCAUUCCAGCUGCCCUCUGAGCCUGGAAUAUACAUCCCGAAGGGACAGGCCGUGUCGCUAUCGGCUUACUAUCACCACAGGGAGCCAAGCGCAUGGGGCAAAGACGCAGGAUUGUACGACCCCGACCGAUUUGUCGAACAGGAUCCGCCGAUUGGUAGCGACCGGUUCAUAAGCUUUGGUCCUGACACGCCCCACCUAUGCCCCGGACGGUGGUUUGCAUUGCAGAGUAUUCAAAUUAUGGUGAAGGAGAUGUUGCAGCGGUAUGAAUUUGUGCAGGAUCGUGUGUUGAGUGAUGCAGAGAAGUACAGGUACAGUGCGGGGGCGGUCUAUCGGAACCCGGUAGGUAUGACGGUCAGGAGUCGGGGAUUCAAUCAUUGA